AUGGUGGCAACGAGCCGUUUGCACGAGCUGCCCAAAUGGGGAAACUUGCUCGCGACACGAGCUUCAGGUGAAGCCUCGUCUGCAGAUCUGGAGCCACAACUGCCGAUGCCCGGAACACGACCUAGGUCCUGUCAUCCACAAGCACUCUCGACAGUCUACUACCAGUUAGACGUGCCGACACGAGGUCGAGAUUGCCAGUUUAGUGAGAAUUCAAUCAGCACUCAUUCUUAUUCAAACUUUUCACUAACAAAAGGUCAUUCUUUGGACAGGUUAUGUGCUGGACAUCGACGUCAACCUCCGCCGGCAAUUGGUGGAGGACGCCAAGCGACGCUUCAACUGAUGUCUUUAUCGAGAGCACUUUUAUUCGUUAGGACAGCAUUUAAAAAACGGAGAGUUGCCUUCAUCUCGAGAGUGAACGGCAGACUUGACACUUUGCUACCAAGUUUAAGACUCUGUGCCUCUAAAAUGUCUACCAUUCCAACCUCGCCUCUUCAAUCGGAUCCGUACCUCGAGGCGGAUACUAAAGACACAAGGAUGACUCGCCUCAACUCACAUUUCCACUGUGGCAUACCAAUUCCGAUUGACGUACUUUUCAGUUGA